AUGGAUGAAUCGGGUCUUAAGCAACUUAAUGAAGAGUACCGGUGGGUGUUUGACUUUUGCCUGUUGCAAGAUGAAGCAUCCCAUAAGAUCACGUUGGAAUUCUUUCGAACGUUAGAUCCUGAUACACUAAGUUAUCCAGAGAAGCUUAUACAAAAAAGGUAUAUACGAAAGGUAGUUCCUUGUUCCUAUUCCGAAGACAGUAGUGAUGAUCCCCCAUGGCGAAGAGCGUUCGAUUUGUCCUCUUUUACAAAGAGAGAGGGAAGGGAUGGAAAGAGGGUCACAUGUUCGGAUGAUCGAUAUGUAACGGAGGAUGACGCUGAUGAUGAUGAAAUGAGAUGGAGUAGUAGGGGGGUGAGAAGAGAAAUGGAACAGCCUGGACGAAGUUAA